CGGUGUAAACAGAAAAACUACUUCUUACUUGUACGUCAGCGGAGACGGAGGAGCGCGAUGUGGCCGCAGGGUUAGUUCAGAGAGAUUAAAGGCGAUCAGCUGGAUUUCCUUCAUGAUGAAGAUGAAGAUGUGUGUGCUGUUUGUGAUCCUCGCUUUCGUGUCCCAGCAUGCCUCAGGGGUGGAGGUGUAUGAGGGGGAGAAGUCUGUCCUGCUGCCCUGUAAGAUUGUUGUUCCUAAGAAUCAUUCAGUUGUGUGGAAACGUGAAGAUCUGACUUCUCAGAUCGUUCACGCCAUCGUGGAGGGAAAAGAUGAUCUUAUCAACCAAAACAAGCGUUACGAACAUCGAACAUCAAUGAGAGCCGACGCCCUGCAGACUGGAGACCUCAGCCUCACUCUGAGGAACCCCACGUUCACUGACAGUGGAAACUACACCUGUGCCACCCGCAUCCAUGGAGAGGACAAGGAGAAAACUCAAGCCCAGCUGAAGGUCAAAGAACGUCCUGUCUGGCCCAAAGUCCUCCCAGCUGUCCUGGUUCCUGUGCUUCUCCUCGGUGCUGUCAUUUUUUUCCUCCUGUAUCGUGUGAAAGAAAGAGAGAAGCUCAUGACAGUGGGUCAGCUGACACCACUGGAGGUGAUGGAGGGGGCGCCGUCUGUCCUGCUGCCCUACACACACACAUGCUGUCUGGGUGAGGUUCUCAAAGUGGAGUGGAUCUUUGUGACGAAUGAAAACAAGAUGGUGUGUGUGUUUGAGAACGGUCAUAUCAAACAUGACCAACAGCAUAAAGAUUACAGAGAGCGCGCAGAGAUGGAGUCAUUCCCACCCAAGGAGAAGAAGACAGACCAGCUGAAUCGGUCUGAAGUUGACCUCAGUCUGACCCUGAGGAACCCCGUCUGUGCAGAUGGAGGAGUUUACCUCUGCAUCAUCCACGACAAGGCUGUGAACACCAUGAAACUCAAGCUAGUGCCGCUCCUGGUCAGAGAGCCCCUGAUGACGACCAUUAGAGCUUCACUCGGGAGAGGCAACAGUGCGGCUUCCAAGCCUCUGCCUCCAUUUCGUGUGUCUAAAGAAAAGAAGAACGUUGGAGAAUCUCAUCUACUGAACAGUCAGCCAGUCUGAUGUGAUGAAGCUGGAGAUGAUGAAGAGGAGGCUGUCUGUCAGCUCGUUCUUCUCCAUGGAUGUAAAACAGGAAGCUCAGUGUAAAAGCUGAAGCUGUCUCUCUCAUGUAUGAACUAAAGAUGGAGUGUUGUCCUCUCAGUUUCUUCUUCUGUCUGCCGCAGACUCUGCAUUGAUCACAUGAUCCAUCCGCUGUCUGCAUGUUAGUGGAUCAGCAUCAUGUAUGUUCAUGCAGCCCCUCUGUGAUCUUCACACUGAGCAUCAUCAUCAUCCCACUGUCAGAGAGGACCAAUCAGAGCUCAGCUCCUGGCUGUGUCUGCAGACUGACCUCAGAUCAGCUCAAAGCUGUGUGUAACAUGUCCUCAGAGGUCAGCUAGAUCAGCUCAGUGUGACGCUCUCAGAGGAACCUUUAACUUCACUCACACAUCCACCUGAGCUCACAGGGAGGGUGGAGGUGUUCACCUGUGCCACAGUGUUUUUAAAUAAAGCUUCUUUAGACUGUGUGUGUGUGCGUGUCUCCAAACAGGACUGCAAGGUUUGGGCAACCUGCCUGACUCCAUCAGGUGGUGUUUUCCCAGCAUCCUGGCAUCCAGCAUCCCUCUGGGAAAAGGUCAAAUACAUAUUAUGAAAGAUGCAAGUGGAGGGCGCGCGCGCACACACACACACACACACACACACACACACAGUGACCGCUCUACCUGCAAUAUAUGAUGAGACUUAUUUAAACGAAUGUUAGGCAAUUAUUGCUAUUGCGUGCAAAAUGAAAGCACUACGUUCUGUUUGUUUCAUUUAUUUUUUGGUCUUUUAUUUUGGAAAAUCAUUUGGGAAGUUUUAGUCAAACCCAGCUGAGGAGCUAAGUUGGGUAAACCACAUGCUGAAUUGAGCUUUUUACAUGUAAUUUUGCCAGUGUGUAGAAGUGCACAGCAGCUCAUGUGUAACACUUAGCAGUGUCAUUGUUUUUCAUUUAAACAUAAAAAUAAAAACUUUGUUGCUCAGAC